UAAAGAAAUUUUUACAUGAAAAAUCCAUUUUACACAAUUUAUUACAAAAUUACUCACACACGCCUAUGACUACAUUUUUACUUACAAAGUUGUUUUUAUUACACAAUUACCACUUACUCAUCAUUCCAUGCAUACACGUGUGCUCUCCCCAUCCAUCGUCAAUCAAAUCCUACUCUCUUCCCUCUCUUUUUUCAUUUUCUUUUCAUUUCAUUUUCGAUUCUUCAUUUCUGUUUUCUAAGUUCAUUUGAAUUCAAGUAACCUCCAUUAACCACCCAUAAUUUAUCACGUUUUUCCCUCUUCUUUUUGGUUCAUCCACGAAUUUUCAACUUCCUCUUAGCCCACGAUUUAGCAACUGUUUUUCCCUCUCUGUUUCAGUUUUUUUCAAUCUUAUUUAUAAGAUGGCAAUCACUCGUUCAUCAUCAUCCCCUUCUCCAGUUCUCAAACAGAAAUCAAAAAUGGGCAAGAAAUCGUUGGCCAACAAAUCCAAGGGUAAACGCCCAAUCAUUGAAGAUUUUGAUUCUGAUUUUGAAGCUCCAAUGCCCAAGCGUGGGAGACCCCAUUCUUCGAAGAAAACGAAGCUCAACUUGGAGGAGCACACGGUUCCAGAAAUUUCUGGGAAAAAAACUAUUGCACAUGCUGAAGAUCGGACUCAGGUUUGGGACUGUAAAUUUAGUCCUUCUGAUUUUUACAGAUCUAAGUGUGUAUGCACCAGUGUUUAUUCCGUGAUAGAUAAUAUUAAGAACACUUUAUCUGUUAAUUUGCUUUCUUUGUUUCGUCAAACUCAGUUUGGGCAUUUUCUGGAUAUGCCUGAGUUUGUUUUUCAUCCGCAAGUCGUACAUAGUUUAUUACUAAAGGAAGUUUUACAGCCCAAUCCUAAAGAGUUUUGGGCUAAGGUUGCUGGUCGUUGCAUACGGUUUAGUGCCGAAGAAUUUUACCUGAUUUCUGGUUUAGAUUGUUUCGGUGAUUGCAACAAGUUGUUGUUUUCACAGGAAACAAAUCAAUUGGUAGAAACAUGUUUCCGUGGUGUAAAAACUAUUGACCACAAAGCCAUCGAGGAUGCUUUUUUGGGUAGUCGGUGGGGUUUGGAUGAGCCUAUUGGUUUGAAAAUGGCUGUUUUGUAUUUCAUUCAGUGUUUUCUUCUUAGCAAUACUCCUGACAAAGAAGUGUCUAGGUUUGUUCUAGAUGUAGUUGAUAGCGGUCGGUGGGAUGAGUAUUGUUGGGGUAGGGAAUCAUUUGAAUUGACAAUUGACUCAUUCAAAGGUAGGAUCGAGCAUGGGAUCAUUAUGAAAAAUAGAAAGGCAGAGAAGGGAGGCCAAUAUGAUGGCUGGUAUAGGGCAUUGGGAUGUCCUUGGGUUUUCACGGUUUGGUUUUAUGAAUGUUGUCCUGCAAUGGUGAACUCUUUCUGUAAGAGAGUUUCAUCUUCUAUUCCAAGGAUUCUGAACUGGAGCAACACCAUCGUCACCAAAAAUCCAACCCUUCGAGACUUGAAGGGCAAGAUUUUUGAUUUACCUUUGGAGAAGUUGAAGAUAAAAAACAUGCGUCCUACUGAUGAAGAGAGGCAGCAGCUUCAACUUGACGGUUUAUUUCUCGAUGAAUCUAUUGAUGACCGUGGUGUAGCGAAGCAAUCCUUCGAGGGUGGGUCAUCUUCAAAGAAGUCUGAUUCAGCAGAUAUUGAUUGGAUGAAAUCUAAGCUGGAGAUGCUCAUUUCGAAUCAAUCAUCAUUGGCCGAGGACUUCAUUUCAUUGAGGUGUUUUGUUGAUUUUAAUUUCAAAUCCGUAAUGACUGUAAUUAAGGAUAUCCAGGAGAAGGUUAAUGCCAUUCAUCGUCGUCCUUCUGAUGAGGGAAAGUCAUCGGAUGAAUUAGUAACUCAAGAUUCUAAUGAUGAUGCUGAUGAUGAUGAUGAUGAUGAUGAUGCCGAGGAUGAUGAGAAGCAAUUGCAUGAUCCAGAAAAUAUUGAUUCCGACUCCGACGAUGGUGGUGAGUUGGUUAAAGUUGGUGGGGAUGCUGAUGAUGCUGACAAGGUCAUUCUUCUUGUUCCUUCUGCUGAUGUGAAUCCAUCUGAGGCUGUUGGAGGGAGUGAUAAAAAUGUUAAGGAUGUUGAGAAGCUGAAGGGCGAUGAGUCUCGAUUGAAGGGGGACGAUUUCUUUGAUGGGUUGAGCCAGCUUGAAAUAGAUGAUGAUCAAGUUGUGUUGGCUGGCUUGGAGGCUGUUGGUUUCUUUUUGGUUGCUCAUUAG